ACCUGCUCGCAUCUCUACGCAGAAGACUAAGGGGAUUGUGCAAGUCAACUGGCUAGUCUGGAUAGUCACCGCGCCGCCAAAGACAGAUAAAUUCACCCCCAAUCCACUCGAGGAAGAUCUUCCCCUUUUUUCCUUCCAUUCCCCCCUCCUCAGACUCCCUCCCCCAGAAACAGAGUCCGUAUUCAGAGCACCGGGACUCGGCUGGAGGAGCGCGUUUGGAUAAGGGAGGUUUCUGGAGAUCACCAAGUAGGGCAGCGGCGGAGUGCGCCCUGUCUAAUCAAACGAUCAAUCAAUCAAUCAAUAAAUCAGCGGGAUCACACCAAAGAGCUGACAGCCUCCUUCUCAUUCGCAUCCUCGAAUCGAACCGAUUUCGUCAAAUAUACCGCAAAAGGUUGAUUUGAAAGACUGACCAACCAGGCUUGCUGCAAAUGUGCCAUUCGCGCGCUCAAAGCUCUCAAUGACAACACGGUCUCUUACUGACGGAAACACUUUUGCCUCUGGAGAGGAAAACGGAGAGGGACACGCAAGUCUGCUUAUGUCACGCUACUGCUGUUGGGACACUCUGAUUGACUAGUUACAUUUCAAAUAGGCUAUUGAAUAGUUGAGGCUGUCGCUGGAGUCGUGAUCAGCGGGAAUGAGACUGAGGGAAUCCGCCGCAGCUCGGAGAACUGGGCUGGCUUUCGCUCGGGAACUACAAGGCUAGAUAUACAACUUCUGUGUUAGACUUUAUCUUUCGAUAUGGAGCGAUCGGCAUCGCUGGACAUCGAGGCGCUGAAGAUGACUCAGGAGCAGUACAUCCUGGCAUCUCAGCCAAACCCCCUCCAAAGGCAGGGAUGUGCUACUGUGUACCCGGUUGGGAUUUAUGGCUGGCGAAAGCGCUGUCUCUAUUUCUUCAUCCUUCUCCUCCUUGUAACCAUGAUCGUCAACCUAGCCUUGACCAUAUGGAUUCUAAAGGUCAUGAACUUCACAGUGGAUGGCAUGGGAAACCUUCGUGUAACCAAAGAGGGCAUCAGAUUAGAGGGAGUGUCGGAGUUCCUCCUUCCACUUUAUGUGAAAGAGAUCAAAUCCAGACGGGACAGUCCUCUGGUCUUACAGUCAGACCGCAAUGUGACGGUGAAUGCACGAAAUAACCUUGGCCAGCUGACAGGACAGCUCACUGUGGGCUCUGAGAGGGUAGAAGCCCAGUGUCAGCGGUUCGAGGUGAGAAGUAGUGAUGGGGAGAGAGUUCUCUUCUCUGCUGAUGAAGAGGAGAUCAGUAUUGGCACAGAUAAACUGAGGGUCACAGGCAACGAGGGAGUUGUGUUCAGUCAUUCUUUGGAAACACCACACGUUCGAGCUGAACCAUUCCAAGACCUGAAGCUAGAGUCUCCGACGAGGACACUGACACUGGAGGCUCCAAAAGGCGUUGAAGUCAAUGCAGGAGUAGGGGAAUUCAAAGCUUCUUGUAGGAAAGAUCUCACUUUAGAGUCUUCAGAAGGAGAGAUCUUUCUAAACGCAAACUCAAUCCGUCUUGGAAAUCUUCCACAUGGGAGCGUGGACCAUUUGCUCGGUCCAGGGACCACAUACCCCAAACAGACUGUGUACGAGGUGUGUGUAUGCCCCAGCGGCAAACUGUAUCUGUCUCCUGCAGAGAGCUCCUCCACCUGCCAGACCACCAACAGUGUGUGUCUCUGGAGCUGAGAAAGGUGGGUGGGCCAUGGACCACCCAGCACCAGAAAGGCCUUCCUUCACCUUUCCACUCCUGCUCCUUCCCCUUCCUCCUCUACUUUCUGUGACCGCUUUUCUUUCUCGAGACAUUUCUGUUGAGCCUUUCUUUUAUCCACCCAUCCAUCAAGCUGUCCAUAUCCCU